UCACCAACACUACCCGCGACUACCCGCCUGGUACUCACCCAUGAGAGAGACUCGUCUUAGUUUUUUACAUUUCUGGACAGUCUCUUGUACACAAUAAAUAAUAAUAUCUACAUAUCAGCUUGUUUCAAGGAUAAACUGAGACAUUUAUUUGACACAUUUUUUCUUCUGUUCCAAAAUAGUUGAAAGGAAUACAAGACUCAUAGAAUGUGAAUCAGUUAUUGUGUAUCUUGUGCCUUUGUUUGACAACACUUAUAUAAACAUAGUGGGGAUAUUUCUAACUAUUGUAAAAUAAAAUACUAGAUCAGUAAGAUUAAAAAAAACAACAACUCAGUCAACUAUAUUGAAAUUAAUAUUUCGAACGAUUGUUCGAUCAUAUACAUUUUUCGAUCUAAUUACAUUGUUCGAUCUAAAUACAUUGUUCGAUCUAAAUGCAUUGUUCGAUCUAAAUACAUUGUUCGAUCUAAAUACAUUGUUCGAUCUAAAUACAUUGUUCGAUCUAAAUACAUUUUGUCUUCAAUUGAAGGUCUAAGUAAAGAACAAGACGUUGUAUAGGAUUCAUUGUCGCAUUCUCACGGACAGAGCGAUCCCAUUCAUUGUCGCAUUCUCACGGACAGAGCGAUCCCAUUCAUUGUCGCAUUCUCACGGACAGAGCGAUCCCAUUCAUUGUCGCAUUCUCACGGACAGAGCGAUCCCAUUCAUUGUCGCAUUCUCACGGACAGAGCGAUCCCAUUCAUUGUCGCAUUAUCACGGACAGAGCGAUCCCAUUCAUUGUCGCAUUCUCACGGACAGAGUGAUCCCAUUCAUUGUCGCAUUAUCACGGACAGAGCGAUCCCAUUCAUUGUCGCAUUCUCACGGACAGAGCGAUCCCAUUCAUUGUCGCAUUCUCACGGACAGAGCGAUCCCAUUCAUUGGAAGAUAGUAUUAUCACGGACAGAGCGAUCCCAUUCAUUGUCGCAUUCUCACGGACAGAGCGAUCCCAUUCAUUGUCGCAUUCUCACGGACAGAGUGAUCCCAUUCAUUGUCGCAUUCUCACGGACAGAGCGAUCCCAUUCAUUGUCGCAUUCUCACGGACAGAGCGAUCCCAUUCAUUGGAAGAUAGUAUUAUCACGGACAGAGCUAUUCCAUUCAUUGGAAGAUAGUAUUAUCACGGACAGAGCUAUUCCAUUCAUUGGAAGAUAGUAUUAUCACGGACAGAGCUAUUCCAUUCAUUGGAAGAUAGUAUUAUCACGGACAGAGCUAUUCCAUUCAUUGGAAGAUAGUAUUAUCACGGACAGAGCUAUUCCAUUCAUUGGAAGAUAGUAUUAUCACGGACAGAGCUAUUCCAUUCAUUGGAAGAUAGUAUUAUCACGGACAGAGCUAUUCCAUUCAUUGGAAGAUAGUAUUAUCACGGACAGAGCUAUUCCAUUCAUUGGAAGAUAGUAUUAUCACGGACAGAGCUAUUCCAUUCAUUGGAAGAUAGUAUUAUCACGGACAGAGCUAUUCCAUUCAUUGGAAGAUAGUACUAUCACAAAGAGAGCUAUCCCAAUCAUUGGAAGAUAGUAUUAUCACGGAAAGAGCUAUCCCAAUCGUUGAAAGAUAGUAUUAUCCCAUUCAUUGGCAGAUAGUGUUAUCCCAGUGAUUUCCAGUCAUGAAUGCAGUCCAGGAUGUUACGGAAACUGCCAAGAGAAGACUGGCUUUUCAGAAAGCUUUUAGUCAAGAGCACGGCGGUUGGCGGAAGAAAAGUUUAAUUGCAGACGCCAAAUUUGAAACAGCCGCCAAUAAGGAAUUCAAAAAACAAGAAAGACGUCUCAGUAAGACUGACUCGUUGGGGGAUCAGGAAGGUUUCGCCCCUGCGAUGUCCCCCGAUGCUCUGCCUGAAGAUUUUGCAGCCUUCAAUUUGUUGGUCACCCUAAAAGAAGGCGCCAUCAGCUUGACCAAAGUGAUACGUUGUUUUGAGAACGGCAAAGUGUUCAUCACCCACGUGGAGUCCCGCAAGUCCCUGGCCAGUGUACACCAGUACCAGCUGUUCUUACAGGUUGUCUGCUCCCACGAUGUGUUCCUGAACGUCUGCGCUGAGGCCAAGCAGAGCCCGCUCAUUACAGAGCUGAAACUUCUGGAGGAGAAGGAACCGGAGAAGAAAGAUGUUUGGUUUCCGAAGCACAUCUCUGACCUUGACCGAUGUACUCACCUUAUAACAAGAUUUGAACCCGAUCUGGAUUACACGCACCCGGGUUUCGCAGACAAAAACUACAGACUGAGAAGAAAGGAAAUAGCAGACAUUGCCUUUGGGUACAAAUAUGGACAGAGUAUCCCAAGAGUACAGUACACAGAGGAAGAAAACAAUACCUGGGCGCACGUGUACAGAAACUUGAAGAACUUAUUUCCGACUCACGCCUGUCAAGAGCACAUUGAGGUCUUCAACCUAUUGGAGAAAGAGGGCGGGUUCUGUGAGGAGAAGAUACCCCAGUUGGAGGAUGUCUCCGAGUUUAUCAAACGUAAAACUGGAUUCCAGUUGAGACCAGUGGCUGGACUUCUGUCAGCACGUGACUUCCUCGCCUCCUUGGCCUUUAGAACGUUCCAGUGUACCCAGUAUGUUCGACACGGGGCUAAACCUGACCACUCUCCUGAACCGGAUUGUAUACAUGAGCUCUUGGGUCACGUGCCCAUGUUAGCAGAUCCAAAGUUUGCUCAGUUUGCCCAGGAGCUUGGACUGGCCACUCUAGGCGUAUCAGAUGAGGAGAUCGAGAAAUUUGCCACGCUCUUUUGGUUUACAGUUGAGUUCGGACUGUGCAGACAGAACGGUGAGAUCAGGGCCUACGGUGCUGGGAUGCUCUCGUCCUACGGAGAACUUGAAAACUGCCUCAGCGGGGCGCCAGUCGUCAAGGAGUUUGAUCCCGCCGUCACCGCAGUGCAAGAAUACAAGGAUGAUGACUUCCAGCCCAUUCUCUUUGUGGUUGACUCGUUCGAUGAGAUGAUGUUUAAGAUGAGACAAUACGUGACGUCAUUACAGCGUCCUUUCGAUGUGAAGUAUGACCCGUACACGCAGUCUGUUCAAGUUCUAGAUUCAAAGGCGGCUCUGCUGCAUGCUGUAGAAGACAUCCGUCAGGAUUUGAACAUACUCACGCACGCAGUGAACAGACUGGACAACCCGGUCUAGAACCCGAUAGCUUAUGAAUAUUUAUGAUAUUUAUUUGUAUUUAUUGUAGCCAAUAAUUUUCUCCAUUCCAAAUUAUCAGACGGAACAUCUAAAAUAUUCAAAACAAAAUAUUUGUAAAUGACACAAACUGAUUAGACUGUGGUUUGGAAGUCAAUAAUCAGUUCUAUACGCAUCUUGAGAUAGCUAAAGAAAGGUACUUAUAGUAAGCAUGAAUGGAACCUUGAUGGAUGGCAUUAACGUUACAGUGAUAUGGCUCUGUGCCAAUCUAAGAUGUUUCUUCCAACUGUUGAUUAUGAUAUACAUUUUAGACGUUGGUAGUUAGGACUCAGUAACACAAUAAAAGCAAUUAUGGUGGAAUCCAGAUGGUUUUAUUAAUAAGGAAGGAACCUUUAUAUAUAUAUAUAUAUAUUUACCUUUGUGAGUUGUCAAGUAAACGUAACUAUUUCGACAGCACUCCAUUUUCCCUACCAUUAGGGAUAAAACGGAUUCCAUUUUACCUAGUUAAAUUUGUACUUGAUGGGAGACAACCGUUUCCUGAUCGCUCGAUGUUCAAAUGUUUGGUUAUAUUUCUUGGAGUGAUUUCUGCUUCUUUUACUGUGAUAGUCUAUCUUAAUCUCGGUUAGUCUAGAUCUCGAUGUGUGAUAGUCUAUCUUAAUCUCGGUUAGUCUUAGAUCUCGAUGUGUGAUUCUGGUUGUGUAGACUCGAGACGUCAUUAUUUUUUGGUUUUGUUUUUCAUUGGCUUCAUAAAAUGAAGUUGAUAUUUUCAAGUUUACCCUCUCUCUAGACUGUGUGUUGAUUGGAUGCUCAGCAAUGUCCAGGCUAAUGCUUAUUAUAUGUAUCUUACAAAGACUUUCUUCGAAGGGGUGCUGUGACAGUUCGCUUAACCAGAUCAGAUCCCCCCCACUUUUCCCAGUCAGCAGCUGGUCUUAGCAGGAUAGCAAGAGAGGCCGGUCCAUUCUUUGGUGUUGUCCAGCCAGUUUAUCUUUUCUAGCGUACAGUUAGUUUUUUUUUUUCUGUGUACAAGUUGGGGGGGGGGGGAGCAGUGGCUAAGUGGUUAAACGCUUGGCUUAUAAACCUGGGGUCCUGGGUUUGAAUCUCGAUGAAGACUGGAAUUUUGAGCUUCGAAUUUUUAAAGGGUACCUUACUUUAGUUGGGUUGGUCGUUGUGCUGGCCACAUGACACGCUUCUCGUUAACUUUUGAGCUGGAUUUGUUGCUAGAAGUAAUGAAGGCAAAGAUUCCCCAAGGUGCUUACAAUUAUGGCAAGUCGCUAUGCAGCCUCUCACGUGCGAAUGUCCCAAUGCGGCUCACGAAAUGAAUUCUGUCAUUUGGUCAUUUAAUAAAAACAUUUUGUUAAAAAAACGAAAAUUAUUCAAUGAAAAACAACAACAACAACAACAACAACAACAACAACAACAACAACAACUGUUUCUUCAAUAAAAAUGUUUGGCCCCCCCCCUCCCCUGUAUAUAAAUAAACUUCUAUGUGGGCUCUAUAUUUGUUGAUGUAGCCUAAGUAAGCAUGUAUUUGUGUGUGUGUGUGCUCUAGUAUAUUCUGUAAACAUUGACUGUGUAUACAUCUACGUUCUGACAAAGUGGACAUUAGGGAUACUAUUACUUGUCUACAUAUAGACACAAAGAGACAAAAAAACAAACAAACAAACAAAAACAACAAUUUGUCUGAAAUCUGUUUUAGAGUUAGUGUGUGGCUAUGUAUCUACUAGAUAGGCUAGAAUAGAUCAAUAACUAGUGUUCUGGAAAUGACAAACAAUUCUCUUCAUUGGUUAUAUAAGAUAAUAAAACCAUCAAGUUGGACCAUGA